CGAGCCGUCAUCCACCAGCUGUGUUAAUCAGAUCUCGGACAGUCUCAGCAUCACUCCGGGCGAUACAUUUGGAACGUAACAGAAGAAGCGAUGCGCAAUCUGACCCUCGAGAGGAUAUCCGAAUCACGUAUCCGAGACACGAACAUUACGUCGCUCGCGUUCGACGUCGACAAUGACACGCUCUAUGCGGCGUCCGAACGGGUUAAUGCCGACGGCGACGUGGAGUUAGAGCUUUACAGGAUCCCUGGCGACGUUAAUUCCGUCAACCCGCCGGAGAUUGUGAGCAUGUUCACGACGCCGCGAUUUUCGAACGAAGCUCCGGGCUUGUCGUCCCAGUUGGUGUCCCUGAAGGUCGUUUCCGAACAUAGAACCCUGGCCAUGAUCACGCGCGGCGGUGAGAUUGCCACAAUGUCCUUGGAGGACAAUUUAUCUGAGGUGGAAGUACUGGGAUCUUUCGAUGAGGGAAUCCAAGCCGUAGGCUGGAGCCCGGAUGAAACCGUGCUAGUGCUAAUCUCAGGCGAUAAACUUGUGCUCAUGACAGCCACUUAUGAAGUGCUGUCCGAGAACCCGCUUAAUCCCGCGGGAUUUGGCGCUGACGCACCCAUCAAUGUCGGCUGGGGUUCUAAACAAACACAAUUUCACGGUUCACUCGGCAAAGCGGCAGCGCGGGCCCCAGUCGCUCAAGAAGAGGCCGGUCUUAGCCCGGAUGAUGAUCUCCUACCACGGAUCAGCUGGCGCGGCGAUGGCGCUUUCUUUGUUGUGUCUUCCAUUACGGAUGGCGGACGACCGCGUCGGAUGCUCCGCGUAUAUGAUCGCGAGUGCAUAUUGCAGUCCACGGCAGAACCCGUCGCAGGGCUAGAACACGCUCUUUCGUGGAGGCCCUCGGGGAGCCUUAUCGCGACAACUCAGAGAUUUGGUUUCGAUGGUGGCGGUCGGGGCAGGGAGGGGCGUCACGAUGUCGUUUUCUUCGAAAGGAAUGGCCUGCGUCACGGAGAGUUUGGACUUAGGGAAGCCUAUAGGAGACUGGACGGCGCGGCUUGGAAGCCGUGGGGAUAUCGGGUUCGUGAGCUUGCGUGGAACACGGAUUCGACAGUUCUUGCGGUAUGGAUCGAGGGUGACGACUCCGGAUCAGACAUUGUGCAACUAUGGACGACUUCCAACUACCAUUGGUAUCUCAAGCAAGAGAUAUCACCAACAUCCGCCUGCGACACGGAUUGCACGAGCAACAAACCUGCCCGGUUCACGUCCAUGGUUUGGCAUCCGGAAUCUGCCCUCAAGCUCGUUCUCAGUGGCCCAUCAGGAGUGGUUCAGCGAGUAUAUGCCUGGGAAACCGCCGCCUCUUCUAGCAGCCCUCCUAUAGACACCGGCUCCGUAGCUGUUGCCGACGGAAAAUCGAUGCUAUUGACUCCUUUCCGUUCGCAAAACGUGCCACCUCCUAUGUGCGCGUAUCGCCUCGAACUUCCCCCAAAUUGUCGAGCUCCAGCACAUUCCGCCUUUGCUCUUAGCCACGACGUGUUCGGCACUCUUUGGGAAGACGGGUCUGUCAGCAUCUGGGAUCUUCACACAAGGAUCGGUCCUGGGCGACAAAAAGUCAUGGAGCCGUCCCUACUGCAUACCGGGUCAAUCGACCUUGAUGCCAAUUGGAGGCAGCUGGUCUUGCAGCUCCCUGGUCCCGAUGUUGCCAAGAUCGUUGCGUUAGGCACAACUAUGACGGAACCGCAGUCGGAUGUGAUCGUUGUGUUCGAUUCAGCCACGCCGUCAAAUCAAGCCAUUAUUAGAAUGAUCCAUAUCAAUGGUCGAUUGGUCCAGACUUCGCCGCGUAUCGUGUGGCAGCAUCCGGAAGGGGAACUGUAUGCCGUCGAAGGGGAACCCGGAUCUCUGCGUUCUCUAACAAGGUUCCCCGAGUUUUGCUUCACGGUGGGCCACGUGAACUCUACCUCGGGACCGGUAUUCAUCGGUUUGGCACAUUCUGGCAAAUUGUACGCCGCCGGUGAAGGCGACAAAUCCAUCAGCCUCGCCAGCAACGUUAAUUCGUUUCGCGUCACCCCCUCAUUUGUGAUCUUUACCACGUCUGCCCAUGAGGCACAGUUCGCGCCCAUAAAGGACGUUACGAACCGAUUGAAUGCGCAAGAUCACGAAGCCGAUGCCUCGUGGGAACGACGGCGCGUUGAACGAGGCUCAAGAAUUGUCACCGUAGUCCCGAGUACAAUGAGUCUUGUCCUUCAGAUGCCUCGAGGUAAUCUGGAAACAAUAUCUCCGCGACCGCUCGUCAUUGAGGUCGUCAGGCAAGACAUCGAUGCUGGAAAUUACCGAAAAGCCUUCUUGACUUGCAGAAAGCAUAGGGUGGACCUCAGCAUCUUGUUCAAACACGAUCAAGCUGGCUUCAUGAAACGUCUUGCCUCCUUUGUGGACCAGAUUGAUGACGUCGAUCAUUUCAAUCUUUUCCUAACCACAGUAGGACGCACUGUUGAGCCCUCGGAGCAAGCGAGCGCAGUCUGCGAUGCAGUCCGCGGGGAACUGGAGAGGAAAGACAGACUGAGGUUCAUCAACUCAAUCCUGACGGCGUACGUCGUGAAAGCUCCCUCGGACCACGAGGCUGCAUUACGCCUCCUUUUGUCUAUACGAGAAAGCCACUCUGAUCUCGUAGAGGAGGCUGUCAAAUAUGUGAUUUUCCUUGUGGAUGCUGAUAAAUUGUUUGAUACUGCCCUCGGGAUGUAUGACUUUUCACUCGUUCUGAUGAUUGCGCAACAUUCGCAGAAGGACCCACGAGAAUACUUACCCUUCCUGCGAGAAUUGCGAGCGAUGGACAAGUAUUAUCAACGAUUCCGCAUCGACGACCACCUCCGACGACACGCCAGUGCUCUGCGAAACCUCAGUUUGGCGGGACCCGAUCGCUUCGAUGAGGCGAUGGAAUAUGCUGAAAACCACAUAUUACACCAAGAAUCCUUGGUCAUAUGGAAAGGAACAGAUCAAUACCCCAUCGUCCUCGAAAAGUACGGUGACCACCUGUUCGAUCGCCGGGAGUUCAAAGAAGCUGCGCUUGCCUUCGUGGAAGCCAAGAAACUGCACAAGGCGAUGGUCGCCCACGAGAGGGCCCUGUCUUGGCGAGAACUCUUCGACAUAGUGAUCCGUGAACAUGUCUCUCCAGAAGAUAUCAAGGACAUGGCUUACCGUGUCUCUGAUGAUCUAUUGACCAAGAAACAGUACGUUGACGCCGCGCGAGUCCUGCUUGACUAUGCCGGGGACACUCGGCAAGCAGUCAUCGCGCUAGUGAACGGGAACCAUAUAUCAGAAGCGAGACGAGUUAUCACACUGAAGCGGGAACCUGACCUCCUAGAGGAGAUAGUACAUCCGGGGGUCCUUGAAUGCAGUGCACAAGUGAUGGAAGAUAUCAAUGAGAUGAGAGAUCAGCUUCGCAAGCAGCUCAAUCGCAUUCGCGAACUGCGUAUCAAAAAGGUGGAAGAGCCAGAUGCCUUUUAUGGCACGGAGGAUGCCGGUCUCCACAACGUUGAUGUGAUGACCGAUAUUUCUAUGCCCGGCACGGCGUUUACUCGGUAUACAAGAGCCCCAACAACAGCGUCUCGCGCUUCCAAGUUGAGCUCCCGUUCGAAGAGGAAGAUGGAACGCAAAAUUGGAUCCGGUCGUAAGGGCACGGUCGAUGAGGAAGAAUACCUGCUUGCAUCCGUCUCCAAGCUCGUCGCCCGAUUCACGGCUGUGCAAGGAGACGCUCGCAGUCUUCUCCCGCAUCUGUUUGAACUCACAGAGGAGCAUCGAGCACACGGUUCGGAAUUACAAAGCGAGGUAUCACAAUUCGAAGAAGACCUGAAGUCCGCGGUAGAGGAGAUAUGGCAGCGCGGAUCGCCUAGCGACGGUGAACCGGUGCCGGAUGGUUGGUCAGCGCGGAUGGCACGAAGUGAGAAGGAGCAUAGAGUUAACCCGGCGGACAAAGUGCCCAAGCCGACGUUCAGCGUGGAGGAUUGGCGGCUGCAGCUCCCACAAAUCGUGGCAGCGGCUUGAUAUUGUACUGGUCGAGAACAAGAUACAAAUGGUCCACGGCAUGCACGAUGGCCAUGCGUAUGAACUUCUUGCUCCUCAUGUCCUCGGCCUGCUCCGUAAAAAUACCAUCAUGACGACCAACCGCGGGACAGGUUGCUAUUCCUGAAGCAUACAGCCGUUAUGCAGGGACAACGG